ACAUUUUUCCUUUACCAACGAGACAAAAACGCUCACAUUACAACACGCAUCCUUUUCCUUCUCCUCUAAUUCAUUCUUCUCCCUUUCUAUUCUCCUCUCUUUUCGUUCGUUAUUAUUAGUCAUGCUUUCCACCAAUCGCCACUCUCAUUGAAACCCUAAUUUCCCCCCCUACUCUCUCUCAUUUCAGAUAGAAGAUUGAAAAAACACACACAAGAAAGCGGUUUUUGAGGUUUUGGAUAUAUGUCCCAAAAUCAAUCAAGGGGUGACACCUCAUCGUCUCAGUACAGGAGAACCGGCCGAUCCGGUAGCUUUAAUCAGCACCGCGGCGGCGGUAGAGGUACUGCUGCUGGUGGUGGCGGUGGUGGCGGUGCCGCCGCCCCUCCUAACACCUCCAAUCCAUCUUUCACUUCUAAUAGAAGUUUCAACAACAAGAAGUAUCAUAAUGCUCAAGGAGGGCAACAACCUAGGGCAAGUGGUGUGAGUGCUGGUCCAGAUUCUCAUCAGAAUGGUGCUCAUCAGCAACAACCGUCGCGCGGAGCAGCAGAUACAUCUGCUGCUAGUGCGAAUGCACCUCUUCCGAGUGCUACUGUUAAGCCAACUGAUGCUUCGACUCAGAAGGUUACCCGAGCAGUGCCGAGAGCUCCAACUUCUAAUGUCGUUGCUUCAACCUCUGAGUCGAACGCACCUGUUACGCCGGCAAAGAAUCCUGGAGAUGCAUCCAAGUCAUUUCCACUUCAAUUUGGAUCCAUAAGUCCCGGUGUCAUGAAUGGACUGCAGAUACCUGCCCGAACGAGCUCAGCUCCACCAAGCUUGGACGAGCAGAGAAGAGCCCAGGCUCGCAGCGACACUUCAAGAGCUGUUCCUUCAUUGCCAACUCCAUCCUCUUCCAAGCAGCCUAUGCCUAGAAAGGAUGCAGGACCCCUCGACCAAUCUAAUCCUAGCGAAGCUCACGGGGUGGCCAGCAAGCCCAAGAGAGAAGUACAAAUUUCAGCUCCUCCCCCUGUUAUUACCCAAACACAAAAGCCUUCUGCACAUCCCAUGCCUGGAAUGCACAUGCAAAUUCCUUUUUACCAGCAACCCCAAGUUCCUGUUCAAUUUGGCGGCCCUGGACCACAAAUUACAUCUCAUUCCAUGUCUGCUACAUCAUUACCCAUGCCGAUGCAUCUGCCGAUUGGCAAUCCGUCUAUGCAGCAGCCAAUGUAUGUCUCAAGUCUUCAACCUCACCCAAUGCAGUCUCAAGGGAUGAUGCAUCAGGCGCAGGGCCUGAAUUUUUCAUCAGGAAUGGGGCCUCAGCUCCCUCCGCAGUUGAGCAACAUGGGAAUGAAUAUGGGGUCACAGUUUUCUCCACAACAGGCAGGAAAGUUUCUUGGUCCACGUAAAACUGUGAAGAUAACUCAUCCAGAAACUCAUGAAGAAUUGAGGCUUGAUGCCACUCCUGGUUCGAGGUCACACCCUAAUAUGCCACCUCAAUCACAGCCUAUUGCAUCAUUUCCUCCUGGUCAUCCUAACUAUCAUCCUAAUUCUUAUAAUUCCAGUUCUGUUUUCUCUCAAGCUCCAAGUUCUCUUCCUCACAGUAACACUCAGAGUUCUCAGCCACCAAGGCUUUUUAGUCAGGUGACAGUGAAACCGGCUGCUGGAGGAACACAUCCAGGAAAAGAGCAAUUACCAUCUGUCAGUUCAGCUGCUUUUGGAAAAGAUCCAGUGAGGCUCUCGAAGCUUCAUGGAGGAGAUUCUAAAAAAGACAUGGAUACUUUAAAUCAAAGAUCCACCAUACAGUCAAAGACUGGCGAUAGCUCAAAAUCUGCUUCAAGGCCUGUAGCAAAUAUACAAUCAACGAAAGGGGCUGAUUCUGUCUCAGAGCAGAGCCCAGCAGCUGGCAUAUUGUCAUUGACCACUCAGGCUCCCAUUGAGUCUUCAAUAUCUCGAAUUACAGAUACCAGUGUAGAUGCAGCAAGUGAAACACUUUGUGGCCCGGACUCCACUGAAGAUCAACAGAAAAAACAUGUAACUAGAGUACAGUUGACUAUCCAGGAUAAGGCUCUUGGGAAACCUACCUCAGUUUCAAGUCAGCCUUCCCAGCAACCAGUAACCAGACCUGUUGAGGUCAAUACUACUGAUCCAGCGAGCACUGCUGUGAACACUAGGGAAAGUCUCUCUCCUUCAGAGUCCACUGAAUUGAAAAGUCACAUUACUGGAAAUAGUGGAAAGGUGGAAGAGUCAUUUGAACCUUUGGAUUGCAGAAAUCAGGAAGCGGGCAAACCAGUACUUAAAAUCGGUGCCAUAAAUGAAGCAGCAUUGGCCGAGGUUGUCGAGAAGGACGAGAGUAAUAGCUCAAAGCCAAUUUCAGAAUCGCUUCCAGUAGAAUCUGUUGAGGUGUCUGGCUUAACUGAAGAGGGGUCUCCAAAGAGAACAAGUGCCAACAUUGAGAACGGUCAACCAGAAAUUGGAGUGGAAGACACGGAUGAAUCUGUAGCUUGUUCAACUAUAGUUGAUAACAUGGCUGAUAGCAUAACAUCAUCUACUUCUAACCAGGAUUCUACAAAUACCGAGGCUUGCACGGCAACAAUAGGUCUAUCGGCUCAAGAUGAUCAGGAAUCGGAUGUUGCUGACUCCGAAGAAGCUCCUGUUACAAAGUCGGUUGUUGCUAGUCCGGAGUCUGCCUCUGAUUUGGUGAAGAAUUCUGAUGAGGCAACUUCAAAGAGUGAAGAUGAAAAUACUGAAACUAACAACACCGGUUUAGUUUCUAGGUCGUCAUCUGGUGUCAAGGUGCAAUCUUUGGAUGCGCCUAAGGUUACUGUGGCUAAGGGGAAAAAGAAGAAAAAAGAAUUAUAUAAGAAGGCAGAUGCUGCUGGUGCGACUUCUGAUCUUUAUAUGGCGUAUAAACGUCCAGAGAAAAAGGAUGAACUUACUCAAUCUAUCGAAACCAGUGAACUCAAUUCUAGUGAUAACUCGAGGCCGCCAUCUGCCGAUGCGACUCAGGAAGAUCUUAGAUCAACUAAGAGGGAUGGUGAGGUUAAAGCAGAACCAGAUGAUUGGGAGGAUGCUGCAGAUAUAGCUACUCCUAAACUAGAAGCUGCUCCACAACAUGGAAAAAAAGUUGAUGGUGAAGAUGCUGACGGUGUGACUACAAAGAAAUAUUCAAGAGAUUUCUUACUUAAAUUUGCAGAGCAAUGCAUUGAUAUUCCUGAGGGUUUUAAUGUUGCUCGUGACAUAGCUGAUAUUUUGAUAAAUCCUAACGCUAGUGUUCCCCAUGAGCCGUUCCCUAGUCCCGGAAGAGGUAGUGAUAGGCCAUCUAGUGGACAUCGUGAACGUCGCGGAGGUGGCAUUGGGGAUGGAGAUAAAUGGAGUAAGACACCUGGGCCUCUUAUGCCUGGGCGGGAUUUACAGCCAGACCUUGUUUAUGGGGGAAAUGCUAUGGGAUUUCGACCUGGUCCAGGAGGCAGUUAUGGUGUUCUGCGGCACCCUCGAGCUCCGAUGCCUAUUCAGUAUGCCGGGGGUCAGUAUGCCGGAGGUCAGUAUGCUGGGGGUAUACUAUCUGGACCAAUGCAAUCCAUGGGUCCUCAGGGAGGAGGCAUGAGAAAUGGAGUUGAUGCUGACAGGUGGCAGCGUGGAACUGCUUUCCAAAAGGGUUUAAUGCCUUCUCCUCAGACACCGGCACAGAUUAUGCACAAAGCUGAAAGAAAGUAUGAAGUAGGUAAAGUAACAGACGAGGAACAAGCCAAGCAGAGACAGUUGAAAGCCAUCCUAAAUAAGCUAACUCCCCAGAACUUCGAAAGAUUAUUCCAGCAAGUGAAAGAAGUCAACAUUGACAAUGACAAGACUCUCGAUGGUGUAAUUUCUCAGAUAUUUGAUAAAGCUUUGAUGGAGCCAACUUUUUGUGAGAUGUAUGCCACCUUUUGUCAGCACCUAGCAGCUGAGUUGCCUGAUCUGAGCGUAGAUAAUGAAAAAAUCACUUUUAAGAGGUUACUUCUAAACAAAUGUCAGGAGGAGUUUGAAAGAGGAGAAAGAGAAGAACAAGAAGCUAAUGUAACUAACGAGGAAGGCGAAGUAAAACUGUCAGCAGAGGAGAGAGAGGAAAAAAGAGUAAAAGCACGGAGACGAAUGUUGGGCAAUAUAAGACUGAUUGGUGAACUUUAUAAAAAGAGAAUGUUGACAGAGAGAAUUAUGCAUGAGUGCAUCAUGAAGUUGUUAGGUGACUAUCAAAAUUUCGAUGAGGAGAACAUUGAGGCUUUGUGUAAGUUGAUGAGUACAAUUGGGGAGAUGAUAGAUCAUGCCAAAGCAAAGGAACAUAUUGAUGUAUACUUCGAUAGGAUGGAAAAGCUAUCAAAUAACAUGAAACUUUCUUCUAGGGUGAGGUUUAUGUUGAAGGAUUCAAUUGAUCUAAGAAAGAACAAAUGGCAGCAAAGAAGAAAAGUUGAAGGGCCUAAGAAGAUCGAGGAAGUGCAUAGGGAUGCUGCCCAAGAACGGCAUGCACAGGCUGCUAGGCUUGCUCGUACUCCUAGUAUGGGAGGUUCUACUAGAAGAGGUCAAAUGGAUUAUGCUCCAAGAGGGAGUAUGUUGUCUUCUCCGGGCCCCCAGAUGGGGGGUUUCCGUCCUAUGUCUCCACAGGUCCGUGGCUUUGGCAUGCAGGACGUACGGGUGGAUGAGAGACAUUCUUUCGAGAAUAGGACAUUAUCACUUCCCCUGACACAGAGGCCUCUUGGUGAUGAUCCGAUCACACUUGGGCCCCAAGGUGGUCUUGCAAAUAGAAUGUCUUCUAGGGGCCCACCUGCAGGAUCAAGCAUUCCUUUCACUGAUACUAUGCCAAGUUUUGGGGACUCUGGAAGGAUGACACAUGCCCAAAAUGGCUAUGGUUCUUUUCCAGAGCGCUCCCCUUAUGGUUCAAGAGAGGAGCUUACACCCAAGUACAUGCCUGAUCGAUUAUCUAGUCAAAAUGAUCAAGCAAGUGCACCAGAAAGGAACGUGACUUAUGGGAGUAAAGAUCGUGGAUUUGAUACAUCUCGGCCUGCUUCACCACUUGUAAGAAGUGGAGGGCCAACUUCCACGCAGAAUGUUGCUUCUGACAAGAGUUGGCCAGAAGAACGUCUGCGGGACAUGUCUAUGGCUGCUAUCAAGGAAUUCUACAGUGCGAAAGAUGAGAAAGAGGUUGCUUUGUGUGUAAAGGAACUGAAUUCGCCCGGCUUCUAUCCAUCAAUGAUUGCACUUUGGGUUACUGACUCCUUUGAGAGGAAGGAUAUGGAAAGGGAUCUUUUGGCAAAGCUUAUAAUUGAUCUAACUAAAUCUCCAAAUGUGGCGAUAAGUCAAGAUCAGCUAGUUAAAGGGUUUGAAUCUGUUCUGACUGCCUUGGAGGAUGCAGUGAAUGACGCCCCUAGAGCAGCAGAAUUUCUUGGUCGCAUCUUUGCGAAGGUAAUAUUGGAAGACGUGAUACCGUUUAAUGAAAUUGUGCCUUUGAUAUACAAAGGCGGGGAAGAGGAAGGACACCUUGUGGAAAUAGGGCUUGCUGCUGAAGUUCUUGGGAGCACAUUGGAGAUGAUAAAGCUCAAGCAAGGUGAUUCCGUCGUGUCAGAGAUCUGCAGAAGCUCUAAUAUGCGGCUAGAGGACUUCCGGCCUCGAGGUGCAAACAAGCAAUGGAAACUGGACAAAUUUAUUUAGGUAAUAGGGAACGAAUGUAUCUUGGUAGAGAUUCAUGUCUAUUUCUUAGGGCACAUUUUAAUUUUGCAGAUAUAUAUUUAAAUGGUGAUUAAUAUAAGGGUUUUAUAUCCUUGAAUGUUUUUUAGUA